AUGGGUGUCAAGCGCGUCGCAGUAAUCGGACUUGGUCCAUCUGGAGCUAUUUCUAUAGAUGCGCUUGCGCAGGAACAAGCGUUUGACGUCAUUCGCGUUUUCGAGCGGAGAGAAGCGCCGGGCGGGUGCUGGCUAGAAGACAAGACACCGCCGCCAAACCUACUGCCCGAGGAUCUCGACGCCCUUGCAACACGUGCCGGCGACCUCCCAUAUCAACCACCUGCGAGCCUCCCCGCACGUCAACCGAGGCUUACACGAGCGCGCCAUGCGGAAUCCUCCGUGUAUCCGUACCUCGAGACCAAUGUCGACAGCCUUGCUAUGUCGUUCUCGCAAGAGCCGAUCCCGGAGCAACGGAGCGCACUGUCUGUCUCGAAGCAUGGCGACGACACGCCCUUCCGAAGCCAUGCAGUGAUCCGCGGCUAUGUCGAGUCGCUAGUAUCCCGCAACGGGUACGAGAAGCUCAUAUCAUACAACACAAGCGUCGAACUGGCAGAGAAAGUCGGCAACGAGUGGAGGCUGGUGUUGCGAAGCGACGGUGAUGUCAGGGGCGAGGAUGAGUGGUGGGAAGAGUGGUUCGAUGCCGUUGUUGUGGCCAGCGGUCACUUCAACGUCCCAUACAUUCCCAAAAUCGAGGGCUUGGACGCACUCGAGCGCGCACACCCAGGGACUGUCAAGCACAGCAAGAUGUUCCGCGGGCGCGACGCGUACAGAGGGAAGAAAGUUAUAAUCGUGGGCGCAUCGGUGUCCGGCGCAGAUAUCGCAUACGACCUUGUUGGUGCAGCGCAGACGCCUGUCUACGCCGUCGUUAUCGGUCACAAAGCCAACGGCUACUUUGGGGACGUAGCAUUCCAUCAUCCCUCUAUUGCUCAGAAGCCCUCGAUAUCGCGUAUAGAGACCUCCAGCGGCCAGCGAACUGUGCACUUCACCGAUGGGUCGCUUGUCAAAGACGUCGACAACAUUAUAUUUGGCACAGGCUACUCCUGGUCUCUCCCAUUCCUGCCCGACGUCAAAGUGCACAACAAUCGCGUCCCAGGUCUGUAUCAGCAUGUAGUCUAUCAGAAGGAUCCCACUUUGCUCUUCGUCGGAGCCGUUGGUGCAGGGUUAACCUUCAAAAUCUUUGAAUGGCAGGCUGUGCUUGCUGCACGCUUGCUUGCAGGGCGCGCCUCCCUACCACCGCUCGAAGAGCAACAGAAAUGGGAACGCGACAGAAUAGCGAAAAAGGGUGAUGGGCCGGGGUUCACACUGGUGUUCCCAGACUUUGAGGAAUACUUCGAGACGGUCAGAACGAUGGCAGGUGAGCCGUCCCUUGGCCAGCCUGGGCGGAGGCUACCACCGUAUGACAAGAGGUGGUUUGAGGUAUUUAUGGCGGGACAUGAAAAGAGAAAGAAAUGGUGGAGGGACGAGAACGAGAAGGCGAGGCAGACUUUGCUGGUUGAUGAGUCGCCUCGUGCCCGGCUUUGA